CAUGACCAGGCGUGUUUACACCUGCAGUGACUCAAAGAUACACACGGCAAAGGCAGGGGAACCUUAUCUCUGAACCGAAGGAAGAAGAAGAAGAAGAAGAAGAGGUUUUCGUGAGAGACUGUUGUUAAGCUGGGACUUGGUCCAAGCAUCAUCUUCCCAACGCUUUCCCUGUAACAAAGCUGCAUCCUCGGCCACUCUCCAGGAAGCAAACCCUCUCCGUCCACCAUGGACAACACAGAUGUAGAACAGGUGACCCUGGCUCUACUAGAUGCGGCCACUGACAAAGAUUCAGAGGUGCAGGAACAGGUCAGAAAAUCUAUGUUGACCUUGGGAAAACAGCAGCCUGACAGAGUGCUGGCCAUGUGUCAGGACUACCUUCUGAAACACCCAAAGAAUAAGUCCUUCAUCAAGUCAUCGACCAACAAAAUUGAAAACUAUUACUUGGCAGUGAGCCACAGAGUUGUGAUUCUUCAGACUAUCGAGCUGAUUGUGGGCUGCAGGAUAGAGGGGAUCAGUAACUCGAGGAUAAAGAGCAUCAUCUCUCUUGCCUCAGAGGAGAUGACGCGAUCGAAGGAUGUCAUCCCUGAUUGGCAGCAGGCAGCCAGUAAUAUCUUGGUUGCUGUGGGUAACAAGCACAUCAAUGACAUCAUGGAGGAGAUACUGAGCAAGUUUCAGCCAGGGCUCAUACCUCACUUCUUUGUGGUCCAGACACUAGCCAACCUUUCUGACUCCAACGUCUAUGGCAUGGUACCAUUCUUGAAUGCUAUUCUAGGCACCAUGCUGCCCAUGCUGGGCAUGGCCAAACAGGACAACAUGAAGUGGGUCUUCUCCUCAGCUCUGUGUCAUUUCAGUGACAGUAUCUUAGAGUACCUCGCCAACCUGGACAAAGCUCCAGACCCCACAGUCAGAAAGGACACCUUCUCCAGUGAAAUCUAUGCUGCUUUCGAAAUCCUGUUCAAUUCGUGGCUGCAAAGCAGGGAGUCCAAGUUGAGGCUAACAGUAGCUGAGGCAGUGGGCUCCAUGUGCCAUCUGAUGGCCAGCGAUAAACUGGAGGAGCAGAUUCCAAAACUGAUUCCUGCCAUCUUGUCCCUGUACAAGAAAAACAACGAGCACUAUGUCAUUAGCAAGAGUCUUUGUCAAGUGCUUGAUGCGUCUCUCAACAUGGGCAGCAGGGUGCUAGAGACACAACUGGACUGUCUGCUCUUUGCACUGCACCAACAGGUGUCCGCCCCUGUUGACUACAGCAACCCUCCUACUGUAAAGAACCACAACGAAGUCCUGCGCUGCUUCAGCUUACUAGCCAAUGCCUUCCCAGACCGGCUAGUGAUGUUUGUUCUUCAGAAGCUGGAGAACAGUAAUGAGCGCAGCAGGGUGGGCUCCCUGGCUGUCCUACGUCACCUCAUCAACUCUAGCACUUCCACGAUGGAGAGUAAGAAGCUGCUCAUCCUGGCCAGCAUCAGACAACCAAUGGCUGACCACAGCAACAAGGUGAAGAAGCGAGUGGUCCAGGUGAUCAGUGCGAUGGCUCAUCAUGGCUACCUGGAGUUAGAAGGAGGGGAAUUACUGGUUCGAUUCAUAGUUCAACACUGUGCCUUACCUGACACGUAUCAGCGAGGUCAGAAGCCCACAGACCCAGAGGAGGUCACUAACGAGGCACUGAGGACAAUGUGUGACAACACCUUACACCUCCUGACCACCACCGUUGGACGACUUGCUGACGUGCUGUGGCCAAAGCUGCUGUACUAUCUGACCCCUGCACAGUACAGCAAUGCCACCACUCCUCUGUGUAAGAGUCUCAUAGUGCUGGGCACUAAGAAGAAAAAUAGUCAGGAGCCCAGCUUCAACAUAGACUUCACACAAGAAGUUAAUCUUCCCUCUCCUCAAACUCUAAUGAUCAGGCUGCUGUUGAAUGCAGCAUUCCCGUUUCAUGGCAGAGGUCAUGGAGCUCCGUCCCUCUCCCUCCUUCAAAUCCUCAGCAUUAACAUUCACCCCAACACAGAGAUUCUCUGGGAGAAGGAGAUACCGCCUCUACUUUCAGUGAUAGAGGAGUCGACCUCAGAGAGUCUGGACAAGAAGCACUGGGAUGAAAAGUUGCUAAAGCUGCUGUCUAAAACCUUGGAUACAAUUGAUGAUGACAAGUGGGUGUGUCAGUUGGCAGCUGAGGCAACAAGAUAUCUCCCCACGUAUAACACGGCCUUAGAGGAGAAGAGUUUCCUGUAUCGAUGUAUCGGAGUCACACUCCAACAGUGUUUCAACAAAGAGCUGGUUAAAAAGCAGCUGCAGGAAAUCCUCCUUACAGCUCGUCACAGUGAUGCCAUCGAACGAGAGGGAGUUGCGAUGGGCGUGGGUCUGUGUGCAAACAGCCACUUAGAGGGAACUCUGGCCAAACUGGAGGAGUUUGGAAAGUCAGACGCCUUCAAGAAGUCACCGAGUAUCUUCAACCUGCUCAAAGAGCGUAACGAUGUGGAGAUAGAGAAAGUCAAAAGCACUUUGAUCUUGUGUUAUGGUCAAGUGGCUUUGAAUGCUCCUCCAGAAAAGAUACUGAACAGAAUAGAUCAAGACAUCCUUCGCUGCAUCAGUAAACACUUCAACACUAAGGUUCUUGGGAUUAAAGUAGAGACAAAGGACCUGACUAUGAAGCUCAGUUUGGUCCAGAGUGUGGGGCUCAUAGCCAGAGCAAUUGGAGAGUGUGUGAAGAAACAAGGCUACGUCUUCUCUCGCAAGCAGGAGCUCAUUAACGUCAUGUUGGAUUUCAUCAAAGCCGAGCCUGCUGAUGUAAUGAGGACUCCAGUACGCCAUCUUGUGAUGACUACAUGUUCCAACCUGAUCCCACUGGACCCCGCUCUGAGUGAGAAUGAGAUCCAUGACUUGCUAAAGGUGUGUGUGAACAGUGUGAUGUCUCUGCCACCUGAGACGAGCACUCCAGAGAAAACUAAAGAGGAUGAGACACUGGACCCCAAGCAGAGGAAGGAUUUGUACAGAGACACGUUUACUGCACUACAGGAGCUACUGAAAAGUGUCCUCGCCAAAGACCCCACACCUGAUGGCCUACAGACUGUCUUCAAGCACAUUGAAUCUUGGUUGAGCUCCGAACACGACCAUGAGAGAGAGAGAGCUGUCACAGCUGUCGCUCACAUCCUGGCUAACUUCCUGGAUAACCUGACUGUCAAGAACAUGGUAUCGUUCCACAACCUCGGCUCUCUGCUGGGUCGUCUGUCUCCCCGAUGUUCUGACCCUCAUCCUGCAGUACGCACUGCUGCUGUCGACUGUAUUUACACGCUGCUUUAUAUACAGCUGCGCUAUGAAGGUUUCUCCUUGGACUAUAAGGAUGAAGCUGUAGACAGUCUGUUGCCCCUAAAAGAGCAACUAGAAAACCCCGACCACUCAGUUCUAUACAAGACCUGCUCCGACCUCACCAAGGUGAUGAGUAAGCGUCUGCCUCAGGAGCAGCUGUCCACGUUGGUCUUUAUGCUGUUCGAAGGACUCGCAGACAGUCAGGCGAACUGCUGCAGAGCUUCAUCUGUCAUUCUGAAUACGCUGCUGAAGAACAGAGGAGGAGGACUACAGGAUCAGGUCCCACAGAUGCUGGAGGUGCUUCAUGCGCGUCUGCAGAGCGUCACAGAGGAGCAGGUGAGAGUGGCAGCAGGACAGACGGUACUCAUCCUGGCUUCUCAGCAUCUUCAGACUGUGAUCAACACACUUGUAAACCAACCACUUCCUUAUGACAGCUGGAUUAGUGAGAUGUGGAUGGCCUUGGGGGCCGACCCCAUUGUAGCCAAUCAGAUUAUAGAGAUGGUGAUGGAGAAGCUCGUCAUCAUGGCGCCGUACGUAGACAGGAAGGAGUCGAUGAUGAGAGGAGGGAUGACAAAGAUGGCCACCAACCAGCCUCUGGCUAUGACGUGUGGACUCAAAGAGCUGUUAUUAAACGGUCAGAGUCAGGAGCCAGCUGUCAGCAUGUUUCCUCAGCUCUUCUCUUGUCUCACUGUCAGACUGGGAGCAAGUGUCGGGGUCUAUGCACCCAGAGAUAAUCACAAUAAGAAUGCCCCCUCCGUCCAUGUAGCAGGGGUAGCAGCAGAUGCGCUGCGAAUCUUGUUAGCACGAGCCCAGUUAGACGAAGUGAUGAAGAGACUGGAUGAAGAUAACGCCUGGGAAGCAAUGAAGGAACAAAAUACACACAUUACUGGAGUUGCACUACUGGCACGGGCAAUGGCAAAGCAUGCUGGUCCUAGGCUGCCCUCCAUUGUGGAGUGUCUGUGUCCCUCUCUGAACAACAUCUACGAGUGCCAGAGAGUCACUGUCACAGCUUUCUUCUCUGAGCUCUUAAACCAUCACGUGGUGACAGAGCUGAUGCUGAUAGAUGUGUUGAUGAACAACAUGAUGGAGAGGAUAUCGGAUCCUUGUUGCACUGUCCGGAUGUUGGCUGUACGGGGGCUGGGCAAUAUAGCCGAAGGAUCACCUGAAAAGGUGAACAAAUAUGCAAAGGAGCUGCUGGCAGCCAUGAGUUCAGGCAUGGAAGAAAAAGAUGAUCCUGGUAAACUGAUCACGCUUGAAGCCAUGUCAGGUCUUUCUAAAGUCCUCCUCUAUCUGGACAAGAAGAACGUCCACUUACUGGUGGUUUAUAUCUUCAUGAAGAUCAAACCAUUCCUGGAAAGUGACAAUGACGAGAUCCGCUGUGCUUCCAUCCAUCUAAUGGGGAACUUGUCUAAAUUUGGCUCAGGAGAGCCUGUGUUCAAAGACCAGAUCCACAAUGUCCUGGUCAGCCUGCUGUUACACCUGGUUGAUCCAAACCCACAGGUGGUCAAGGCGUGUAAGUAUGCAAUGCGAGUGUGUGCUCCUGUGGUGGGAUCAGAGCAGAUCACAGCCAUGUUUCAGAACCACCUCCACGAAGAGAAGAGCCUACACUAUGGAGAGUUCAUCAACGACCUCACAAAGUACCUGAUUCAGGACUUUCCUGGUAUGUUGAACUUUUAUCACAUCUCAGUCAUCCAAUUCUUCAAGAGUAACUGGCACGAGGUCCGAGCGGGAGCGGCCAUGUUUAUAGGGUUUCUGCUGGGGAAUCUUUCAGAGGAGCAUCUCUCCCACCUAAACAUGGGGACCGUCACUAAAGGUUUAGUGAUGCUGCUCCAGGACCCCGAUCCUGUAGUGAGAGCGAAGGCUGCUGAGGCCAUGGGUCAUUUCCACUGACACACACACACACACAACCAACACCUUCAUACACAUCUCAGUAUGUCCAUUAGUCAAAGACAAUAGAAAGCCACUACAUGAAAACAUGAUGAUUGAUGGGUAGUCAUUCUGAAAGUAAAGACCAGAACCCAAAGAGGAUACAAUAUUAAAACUAAAGCUUAACUUACAGAUUCACACAAUAUAAACACUAUUACACUUAUACACACAGAGUCCAUAUAUUCAGCUGUAAGGUGUGUGUAGCUUCUUUUAACUCUCGUACUUGAGAUGAAGUGAUCAUUCUUUAUUUUAGUGACCAAAGACUGUGUUCCUGUAUUCAGAAAGAAAUGUCUGUAGCACUCUGUUACAUGACCAGAGUUAUACUGUGUUGUACAAAUGAAACAAAGAAUCCGUCAACAUGUUUCUGAUGCCAAGCUUAAAAAAAACAGAAUGAAUGGAAGUAAAAAAAUAAUAGAAUAAAUAUAGUUUCUUUAAAUAUGACUUAUAGAUGAUGACAAGGAUGCACAUUUAAAGUUCAUAGCGUCAAGUGUGUGUGUGAGUGUGUAGUUAUACCAGCAGUUUGUGAUUGUGUGUGGAUGUUACAUUUUAGUUUCAUCAUCUUUUUUAGGGAUCGUUCCAAUAAGGUAUAGUCUUGAAGAUGAUUCCUCUGAAAAAUAUGCUUUCUUUUGUUUCACAAACCAGAUCUGAGCCUCAUAGCUGUUCUCCACAAAGAUAAAGUAAAUACUUUAUAGACACAACAAGCUCAAUGAAAGAGAGCUUCAGAAGGACUUCAACUUGUUCUAAGGUUUUGAGUCUAUGAUGGAAGUAAUUAUAAGAGGAAUGGCUUGUCACUUCACGUUGCUUUGUCGCCCUCAUCUAAUGUCAGAGUGCAAUAAACAGUAAAUACUUCUACAGCAACACCCUCUCUUACUAGUAAAAGAUAAGAGAAUAAAACAGAAUGUAUUUUGUCCAGCCUUCGGAGCUGUUUCAAAUGUGAACAGGCUUCAUCAGAACAGAUUUAAGACAUUAUCUUUCAUCUUCUGCUCCUCCAUUUCGGAGCCAUAAUCAUGCUGUUUACAUAUCACUGCCACCUUUUCAGAAUCAUUCCAGUGUGGUGACGGUCCCAGCAAACUACUCCAUUUCAUUCCAGUGUGUUUGAACAGAAAAGUCCCGUGUAGCCACGCUGAAAAAAUGAGGUUGUGCCAAAUGUUUGAUAAGAUAUAUAAGAAUAAUCGCACUAUGAGACGCUCUUAAUGAUUUUCUCUUUCUCUCUGAAUGCACUAAAUGUUGUUUCCAUGUAAUUAUUCCAGGAUAUGGUUGUACAGUUUUAGGGUAUCCCUGUGGAUUCACAGGCCUCUUACUAUCAUGUAAAUAACUGACUGAGUGUGUAUUAUGGAAGGAUGGCUGUAUAUGUUUCCAAAUUAUUUACCUAAAUGACUCCAAGGGGAGGGAAUAAGGUAGUCCCUUAUAAAAUCAUGGACUCAAGAACAAAGUAUUGCUCCUCAUGAAAUCAAUUAUAUUAGAUGUCUGUUGCACUUUUGAGCUCUGCCGUUUCCCCGUCUAAAAGAGAGAGUUGAUUGGAGGAUUGAAAUCUUAAUUUCCUUUACAUGUGGAGAACAUUUUUUCUUCUAGGAUCACUAAUAAAAGAUGUUUUCAGGGUAUUUGGUUUUUCCAACUCGGAGAAAGCCAAAUGUUUUCCAUAAAUUCACAAAUGUUUUUUUUAGAACAGGUAAUCAACAAUUCAAACCUUAACUUCAUUGUUGAAAUAAUAAAGGCUGCUCCUGGAUCUGUUUUGGUUAUAUUAGUGGCUUGUGGCUUCCAGCACUUUGUGACCAUGUGGCUAAGUUAAGGGUUAAUGGUCAAUCACUGCAUUUUUCUCCGUUUUUUAAAGAUGUUAUGAACUUAAUCUCAUUGAUGGGAUUUUUCAAUAUUUUUUUUUAACAUGCUGAAUUUUUGUUACAAUUGUCCCAGUAUGAAUGUCACAUGAAGGUACAGUUUAAUUUGUGAAUGUUUGCAUGUCACUAUUAUGUGUAACUGGACCACAGGAGAGAGAGUGGAUGAUGGCAAUCAAUGUCUUUAAAAUAAAGAAAUAAAGAUCUGUAAAAACAUUA